ACUGGCAGCAUGAAAUGUUUUAUUUCUCGUCACAGCUACGUAAUCAGUCCGUGGCUGCACGUUUCUUCUGGCAGUGCUCUUGCCUAAUCGAUCGAUCUGUCGUUAUUGUUCCCGUUUCAUCAUGGCGCCACCAAGGUUCUCGUGUUACAAUAAAUAGUGAAGUACCUAUGAUCCUUUGAUCAGUUACUGAUAGCGAAUUCCCGAGCUCUAACCCUAACGGAAUAAACGAUAUCUUAAACCAUGUUAUUGUUAAAUUAAAGUUUAAGUUUAAUUCAGAAGAUAAGAAGUGUUAGUCUUUACCUACAGGCAGCGUUAAGACGCUGGAAAAGUUGUGUGACAUCAGCAUUUGAUGAUGGCGACUACGAGAAGGCUGACGUAACGACUUAACUCAUUUAUAAGUUCAGCUUCCUUGUGCGAUCAGCACGAUAAGCUAAUGCUUCGAUAACGCUAGAAAAAGAAAAAAAUAGAACAAAUCUGAAGAUUCAUAUGUUAAAUUGCUCAUUACUGACUAUGGAAGGAAAGGUAAACAUAUGAUUUUGUCAACUGUAUCGUUCGAUUACCUUCACUCUGAGCAACUCACCUUGUAUCACGUCUGAAAGCCAUGGUGAAAUCCCCGAAUAAAGCUAAAAAUAAGCGAAUUUAUAGUUCUACGUUAUAGCCGAAAAGUGUAGUGUAAGAUACUUUGCUUCAGAUUUUCCUUGUGACUGUGAUAAAGUGUGAAACCGCCGCCGGGAAACAAGAAGUUUAACAGAUUCGCCAUGGAUGAGAACAUCAGCAGGGGUUACAUACAGUUAGGAAAAUCUUUCAAAACUGACCGUCUUCUCCGACGUCUCAGUGAAACAGGCCACUCCAAGCCUCCAGAAGAUCGCUGUCAUUGUAUCUACCUGGCGUUGCUCCUGGCCGGAGUCGGGUUUCUACUUCCUUACAAUAGUUUCAUCAUUGCUGUAGACUACUUUCAGGCUCGCUAUCCAGGGACGACCAUUGUCUUUGACAUGAGCUUAGUUUACAUUCUCGUGGCUUUUGUUGCCGUGGUAAUCAACAACCUCCUAGUGGAGACUUUAACCUUGAAUGUCAGGAUUACCUUUGGCUACAUCAUUUCGUUCUUCACCUUGCUGUUCGUGGCUGUUUUUGAGAUCUGGUUCGAAAGUUUUACCCAUACAACUGGGUAUCAUAUUAACCUUCUUGCCGUGGCAGUGGUUGCUUUUGGUUGCACUGUGCAGCAGUCCAGUUUCUAUGGUUACACCAGCAUGUUGCCUUCCCGGUACACACAGGCUGUUAUGACUGGAGAAAGUGCUGCUGGUCUUCUAAUAUCUACAAACCGAAUCUUAACAAAAGCUCUACUGGAUGACGAGAAGUUCAACACUGUUCUGUUCUUUUGCAUCUCUAUCGGAAUAGUGCUCUUUUGUUUCACUAUCCACUUCGUUCUGCAGCGAACUGAGUUUGUCAAGUUUUAUGUAAGUCUGUGUUCCAAUUGUACAGACGAUGACGAUCUUACCAAGAGAAUCACGCUUGAGCCAACGGAAGAUGUAGGCCUAGUGGACAUGCUGGAUCCUAAUGAGUCUAAAAGCGGGAAAUAUGGUGUUCUGUCUCUUCGAUCGCCUCCUCCGUCUCCAACUCCUGAUUCGGCAUUCCAGUCGACAGAAAUGUUGGAUCAAGGUUAUGAUGUCAGCGACGACAAUGACGUCUACAGAACGCCUGAUGAUCCUGAUGCUCUGUCCCCAUUACCACCAACUGGUGUAACGACCUACAGAGUACAUGACGUCGUGGUCAAAAUGCGGGGAACUGCAUAUACAAAGCACAUUCAGAUGUGGGGUGGAAUUAAAAGGGGUGUUAUUGCACGUUGGCAAGUUGCCAGAACUGUAUGGCCUUUUAUGCUUAGUAUUGCAAUGGCUUACUUCGUGACACUAUGUCUGUUUCCUGGGAUCGAGAGUGAAAUAGUCAGCUGUCACCUGGGUUCCUGGAUGCCAGUGAUCUUAAUGGCAAUCUUUAAUUGUUCAGAUUUUGUUGGAAAGAUUUUGGCUUCUGUUCCGUAUGAGUGGACAAAGGGGAAGUUGCUUUUGCUAUCGGCCUCAAGAAUAAUUCUCGUUCCGAACAUGGCCAUGUGUGCGGCCCCUCGUGGAAGUCCUCUCAUCCCUGGAGAAGGAUGGCCAAUGAUUUUGUCACUAAUGUUGGGAUUGUCCAAUGGUGUAUUUGGAUCUGUACCCAUGAUUUUAGCACCAAAAAUGGUCCCGGAUGAUCAGAAGGAGUUAACAGGAAAUAUCAUGACACUUUCCUACAGUUUGGGUCUGACAACAGGAUCAGGUGUAGCCUACUUGAUCGACUAUAUGCUUGGCCCACCACUCAUGAAACCCUGUAUGAUGACCGUGUCGCCAAUGCCAGUACUUUCUUCUGACAACCUCACAACUUCUGGAGUUCUGUCAGAAAUGAAUGUAACUUCUUAUUAUCCUUUACAGUGGAACAUCUCAACAAUGUCUUCUGUAGAUGUAUUUAACACCACCCUGUCUUAAGUUGUUUAAAAUAAUGAAUCAUUGAAUUAAGUUGUUGUUUUUUUUUGUGCUCUUAUAAAAGUCAGUGUAUCAAGAUACCUUUAAAAAAAGCUAUCAUGCAGACUUGAUCCAACAAUAUAUAAAUGUUGUUCUGUUCUAUAAGCUGUUAGAAAUAUUCUAUACUGUUGACAUAUAUUCCACUGACUAGAGCUUAAUAUUAAAGAAUGUGCAAGUGUGGUAUAAUGGAAUACAUAUGUGUAAAUAUUAAUAGACGGUUUCUAAUGUAUUCUCGACAAUAUUUUUGUGUGUUGUAGUUAUAAAAAAAAAUGUCUAUAGACUAUAACAAUACCUAGACUAGGGUAAGUUUCCUGUACACACUUUAACCUACAGAAAGUACUAUAAUCUAUAGACUGUUGUGAACAGUACUGUUUGUACAAAUUACUUUCUUUAGCCUGAUAACAGUACUGCAGAGUAUAUUUAUUGUAAAAGGCAACAGUUGCUACUAUCUACAGACUAUUAUGAACAGUACUGUUUGUAAAAACUACUUUAUUUAGCCUGAUAACAGUACUGCAGAGUAUAUUUAUUGUAAAGGCAACAGUUGCUACUAUCUACAGACUAUUAUGAACAGUACUGUUUGUAAAAACUACUUUCUUUAGCCUGAUAACAGCACUGCAGAGUAUAUUUAUUGUAAAGGCAACAGUUGCUACUAUCUACAGACUAUUAUGAACAGUACUGUUUGUAAAAACUACUUUAUUUAGCCUGAUAACAGUACUGCAGAGUAUAUUUAUUGUAAAGGCAACAGUUGCUACUAUCUACAGACU